UUCCCUCCUGAUCCAAUAAACAAGAUAAGAAAGCCUGGAACGACGAAUUCGUGCUUCUUUUCAUGGCGAUCCUUCGCGGCUUCACUCCCCUCUUAUACCCCCCAAAACUCCACCAUUUUCCCCAAUCUAGGGUUCUAAUCCUUGCCAAAUCCUUGAUUUCUAUUCCCAAUUCGAUUUCUAGGGGUUUCAGCAUCAUCCACAAUGAUAGCCAACCGAGUUCCAUCUCCAAAGCAGCGACCUUUGCAUUCCCAGAAACCGAGAACAAGGUUAGGCUUUCCGAGGAGCUUUGCAAAGAGACGGAGGAAACGCUAGAGUGGCCUUCCAUCUGUGCGCAAGUCUCCUCCUUUGCUUCUACGGCCGCAGGACGUGCUGCGUGCCAGCGCAGUGGUCUUCCGAGUGGUCAGGCUCGGGCGGAGAGCCAGAAGCUGUUGGACCAGACUGCGGCGGCUGCGUUGCUCCCCCAGGCUUUGGAUUUCUCUGGAAUUGAGGACGUGUCGGAUAUAGUGAGGUUGGCGGUCGCCGGUGAGUUGCUCACUGUUCGUGAGCUUUGCACUGUUGAACGGAGCCUCCAGGCUGCAAGACGAGUUCUUCAGGAUUUGGAGCGAAUUGGGGAGUCUUCUGACAGGUUCACACCUCUGCUUGGAAUACUUCAAGACUGUGAUUUUAUGACUGAAUUGGUAGAGAAGAUAGGGUAUUGUAUAGAUUGCACUUUAUCUAUUAUUCUUGAUCGAGCUAGUGCAAAGUUGGAGUCCGUAAGGUUGGAGAGGAAAGAGAACAUGGAGAAACUCGACACUUUGUUGAAGGAAGUGUCUGUGAGUGUUUACCAGGCUGGUGGUAUUGAUAGUCCGUUGAUUACUAAGCGCCGGUCCAGAAUGUGUGUUGGUAUUAAGGCUUCCCAUAAGUCCUUGCUUCCUGGAGGUGUUGUUCUGAGUGUUAGUAGCUCAGGAGCUACAUACUUUAUGGAGCCAAGGGAUGCGAUUGAACUGAAUAAUAUGGAGGUUAGGCUAUCAAAUGCUGAGAGAGCAGAAGAACUUGCAGUUUUAGGUUUUCUCACAGCAGAGGUAGCAUGUUCAGAAACAAGGAUUAGAUGUUUGAUGGAAAAGAUUUUGGAAUUAGAUUUUGCUUGUGCCAGAGGUGCCUAUGCCAAAUGGAUGAAUGGUGUUUGCCCUGAAUUCAUUGAAGGCUUUGAGAAAAUUGAUUCAAGAAGAGAUGGAAAUUUUUUACAAGUAGAUAUCGAAGGUAUCCAGCACCCUUUACUUCUUGAACCUUUUCUUAGAAGUUUGUCUCUUGUUCCAAAGCAACAAUCUGGGACAGCAAAAAUGUUGAGUCAGAGUGAUCAGGCAAUGAGUUCUGGAAAACUGCUUGAAGGCAAAGCUCCGGUGCCUCUGGACAUUAAAGUGCAAAAUACAAAGAAGGUGGUUGUGAUUUCAGGUCCUAACACUGGAGGAAAAACCGCAACAAUGAAAACUUUGGGUUUGGCAGCUAUAAUGUCUAAGGCUGGUCUGUUUUUACCUGCCAGGAAUACCCCAAGGCUUCCAUGGUUUGAUCAAAUUCUAGCUGAUAUUGGUGAUCACCAGUCACUGGAGCAUAGUCUUUCAACAUUUAGCGCGCAUAUUUCCCGUAUCUGCAAAAUAUUAGAUGCUGCUUCAGAAAAAUCACUUGUUUUGAUCGAUGAAAUUGGCUGUGGAACUGAUCCUUCAGAAGGCGUAGCUCUCUCCACCAGCAUUUUGCAGCACCUUGCUGGUUGUGUCAAUCUAGCUAUGGUGACAACCCAUUACACAGAUUUAAGUCUUCUGAAAGCUACUGAUUCUCGAUUUGAGAAUGCAGCCAUGGAGUUUUGCAUGGACACCUUGCAACCUACCUAUCGCAUACUUUGGGGAAGUACCGGUAAUUCUAAUGCCUUGAGCAUUGCCAAGUCAAUUGGCUUUGAUCAGGAGGUGCUUGAUCGUGCCCAACAAUGGGUGCAAAGACUAGUCCCUGACAAACAAAAAGAACGUCAGGGUUUACUUUAUCAGUCUUUAUUGGAAGAAAGGAACUGCCUGGAGGCUCAAGCUACGGAAGCUGCAUCCAUUCUUUCCGAGGUUAAGAAGCUGCAUUUUGAGAUAAAUUCAGAGGCUGAAGAUCUAGAGAAUCGUGAAGCUGCUUUGAAAGCAAAAGAGACUAAAUCGAUACAGCAAGAAUUAAGAUCUAUAAGUUCUAGGAUGGAUGACAUAAUCAAGAAAUUUGAGAAGCAACUUGAAAUUGCAAAUCCAGAUCAGUUCAAUUCCAUUAUGAGAGACACAGAAGCUGCUAUUGCUUCAAUUGUUGCAUCACACAGUGCUAGUGGUUUUAUGUUAACUGAAGAAACCGAGUAUCAUAGUACAUACAUGCCACAAGUUGGAGAUAAAGUAUAUGUCAAAGGCUUAGGGGACAAGCUGGCCACUGUUAUCGAGACACUUGCUGAAGAUGGUACUGCAAUGGUCCAAUAUGGAAAAAUUAGGAUACGUACAAAGAGAAACGACAUGAGACCAGUCAAUAAUGUGAAGGAUAAUUUUAAUAGAUCCAAGCCACCUUUAAAAGAGCAGAGGAGAUCUGCUCAAAGGGUCAUAGUAGCAGAGAACAAAGAUGAUGACUCCACUUUUGGACCAGCAGUGAGAACAUCAAAAAACACAGUUGAUUUACGUGGCAUGCGAGUUGAUGAAGCAGCUUUGAGGCUUCAGAUGGCCAUUUCUGAGUGCAAGUCUUAUGGUGUUCUAUUUGUUGUCCAUGGUAUGGGCACUGGUGCUGUCAAGGAACGCACGCUCCACAUCUUGCGGAGCCAUCCUCGUGUCACCAAGUUUGAAGAAGAGAACCCCAUGAAUUAUGGUUGCACAAUUGCUUAUAUCAAGUAAUGUAUCUAUUUUUUUAUUAUGAUCUUUUCUCCCUAUAAUGCAAUUUUGUUCAACACAGUGAUGAGUUCUGCAGGGAUCAUAUUUUUGGGUCAA